AUGAUGAAAAGAACUAAGAAAGAGCUGCUUCCAUCCAUUGGAACUCUGCCAGAAGAGUUGCUCACAGAGGUGUUAGCUCGAGUUGGGUCCUCUGCAGUGACUGAUCUCUUCAACGUGAAAAAGAGUUGCAAAGGAUUCUACAAGGCUGGGGAAGACAGAGAAGUGCUUCGUAGGGUUUCAUUAGAGAAGCUGCCGGCAGUUCCAUGGGAAGAUUCAUAUCGUGAGUUCAUCAGGCAGUGCGAGGAUAGAGGCAAUCCAGAAGCUCUAUUCAAGCGUGGAAUGGUGGAAUAUUUUAGUAGCAAGAAUCAAGUAUUAGGGAUCGAGUUUUUAAAGAAAGCAACUUGUCUUGGACAUGAAGAAGCGGCAUACAUGCUCGGACUAAUCCUCUUGUGCACAAAUCACCCAUCAAAAUCCCAAGCUUUAGAAAUUCUGAAAAAACUGGAACAAGGUUCACCAUCAACAAAGAUUCAAAAAUGGCGCAAGCGAUCAAAGGAGAUAAUCAGGGAAAUGUGGACUAGUACUGGUUCUCUCCCACAACCAGAACCUAUGUGCACUAGUUUAUUUUGCAAGAGAAAUGGAUCGAAUUCUGGGUGGUUGUCAGAGGAAGAUGUAGAACCUCCAAGUUGUGAAGCUUGCAAAUGGGAUCAGGAAAUUUUUUUCAUUAGGAAUGUGCUGCAAGCAAUAUAG